UCAAUGAAAAACCCUAAUUUCCCCUUUCUCUUUUCCUCUUCUACGUAUUAUAUACAUGCGCUUGUUUGAUAUAUGCAUUUCUUAUAUUGUUAAAAACUGUAUGUACUUCAAACAUAAGACUGUUUGGUAACUAAGAAAUGAAGGAAAAAGGAAAGAGAAGAAUUGCUGCUUUUCCAUAUUCAAUGUUAGCAAAGUAUGAUUACUUUCAAAUAAGUUUUUCCUGUAUGUGUCGAUGCAGGCUUUCUUUUAUGAAUGAAAUAUUCUGGAAUCCGGACUAAGGCGUUAGUUCACUCUAUUCAAUAUGAACCUUUUCCAAUUUAUUGUUUUGUGAUUUGUGUAACAGAUAAAAAGCUUCAAUAUUUAGUUUAAGGGCUCAAAAAACUUAAACUGAGUUUAAGCCAGGUUGAAGUGAGUUUGAGAAGAGAAGUAGGUUUGAUUUUUCACUAUGGAAGAAUCUCCGUCCCUAGGGAAACGAAAAGAACCUGAACCUGAACCUGAAGAAUCAAAGGUUGCUGAAAUCCAUAAUCAAGGAUCUGCUCCGAAACGACAGAGAGAACCUGAAGAUUCAGAGGUCACUGAAACCAUAAAUCCUGAGUCUGUUGUGAAUCGACAAAGAGAACCCAAAGAAUCAGAGGUUACAAGGACACCUAAUCAAGCUUCUCUCCAAAAUAAAAGCAAUUUGAUGCGCACAUGUGUGCACGAGGUUGCGGUUCCGAGUGGAUACACUUCAACCAAGGAUGAAUCGAGUCAUGGAACCCUCUCAAAUCCCAUAUAUAAUGGCAAGACGGCAAAAACAUAUCCUUUUACGCUUGACCCAUUUCAGCAGGUAUCUGUGGCAUGCUUAGAACGGAAUGAGUCGGUUCUGGUGUCAGCGCAUACUUCAGCUGGUAAAACUGCAGUUGCUGAAUAUGCGAUAGCAAUGGCUUUUAGAGAGAAGCAAAGGGUUAUAUAUACUUCACCACUGAAAGCUUUGAGCAAUCAGAAGUACAGGGAGCUUAGUCAGGAGUUUAAAGAUGUGGGGUUGAUGACAGGUGAUGUUACUCUGUCACCUAAUGCUAGUUGUUUGGUCAUGACAACUGAAAUUCUUAGGGGAAUGCUUUAUAGGGGAUCAGAGGUUCUAAAGGAAGUCGCAUGGGUCAUAUUUGAUGAAAUCCAUUAUAUGAAGGAUCGUGAAAGAGGGGUUGUUUGGGAAGAGAGUAUUAUAUUUUUGCCGCCUGCUAUUAAAAUGGUAUUUCUGUCAGCAACAAUGUCGAAUGCCACUGAGUUUGCUGAGUGGAUCUGUUAUUUGCACAAACAGCCAUGUCAUGUGGUGUACACUGAUUUCCGACCGACUCCUCUGCAGCAUUAUGUUUUUCCCAUGGGUGGAAAUGGUUUGUAUCUUGUGGUCGAUGAGAAUGAGCAAUUCAGGGAGGACAAUUUUGUGAAGCUGCAGGACACUUUCUCAAAACAGAAACUUGAUGUUAACAAGGGCUCUAAUGGGAAAGCAGGUGGGAGGAUUGCAAGAGGUGGGAAUGCUUCUGGUGGUUCUGACAUAUACAAAAUUGUGAAGAUGAUUAUGGAACGGAAAUUCCAACCGGUGAUCAUCUUCAGCUUCAGUAGAAGAGAAUGUGAACAACAUGCGAUGUCCAUGUCAAAGCUUGAUUUUAAUAAUCAAGAGGAAAAGGAUACUGUGGAAGAGGUUUUUCGUAAUGCAAUACUCUGCUUGAAUGAGGAAGACAGAAACUUACCUGCUAUUGAGUUGAUGUUGCCACUACUUCAGCGAGGUAUUGCUGUUCAUCAUUCUGGUCUUCUUCCUGUUAUCAAGGAAUUGGUGGAAAUUCUUUUCCAGGAAGGCCUUGUAAAGGCCCUUUUUGCUACAGAAACAUUUGCCAUGGGAUUAAACAUGCCAGCAAAAACUGUUGUUUUCACAGCUGUCAAGAAGUGGGAUGGUGAUAGUCAUCGUUACAUUGGUUCUGGUGAAUAUAUACAGAUGAGUGGGAGGGCUGGGCGCCGUGGCAAAGAUGAGCGUGGUAUUUGUAUUAUAAUGGUUGAUGAGCAGAUGGAGAUGAACUCACUCAGGGACAUGGUUUUGGGCAAACCUGCACCACUAGUUAGUACUUUCAGGCUGAGCUACUACUCAAUUUUGAAUUUAAUGAGUCGUGCCGAAGGCCAGUUUACUGCUGAGCAUGUAAUCAGGAAUUCAUUCCAUCAAUUUCAGCACGAGAAGGCCUUACCUGAUAUAGGGAAAAAAGUUUCGAAGUUGGAGCAGGAAGCUGUGGUGCUUGAUGCUUCAGGAGAGGCUGAAGUUGCUGAAUAUCAUAAGCUAAAACUAGAUAUAGCCCAACUUGAGAAGAAGUUGAUGGCUGAAAUAACCAGGCCUGAAAGGGUUCUGUACCAUCUUCGUCCUGGUCGGCUGGUCAAGAUAAGGGAAGGUGGAACAGACUGGGGUUGGGGGGUUGUGGUUAAUGUUAUGAAAAAGCCCUCCGCUGGGGUAGGUGCAUUGUCAUCGCGUGGGGUUGGAUAUAUAGUAGAUACUUUACUUCAUUGCUCACCAGGUUCAAGUGAGAAUGGUUCACGGCCAAAGCCAUGCCCACCUCAUCCUGGAGAAAAGGGUGAAAUGCAUGUGGUACCUGUUCAAUUGCCCUUAAUUUCUGCUCUAAGCAAACUGAUGGUAUCCAUUCCUUCUGAUCUCCGGCCAUUGGAAGCGAGGCAAAGUAUAUUGCUUGCCAUACAGGAACUGAAAACACGUUUUCCGCAAGGCCUUCCUAAGCUUAAUCCUGUGGAGGACAUGGGCAUUAAAGAUCCGGAAAUUGUGGAGUUGGUGAACCAAAUUGAGGAACUUGAACAGAAGUUAUAUGCACAUCCGCUGCAGAAGUCCCAAGAUGUGCAACAGAUGAGAAGUUUCCUGAGGAAAGCAGAAGUGAACCAUGAAAUUCAACAACUUAAGUCGAAAAUGCGUGAUUCCCAGCUUCAAAAAUUCCGUGAUGAACUUAAGAACCGUUCACGGGUCUUGAAAAGGCUUGGUCAUAUUGAUGCUGAUGGUGUUGUCCAGUUGAAGGGACGGGCAGCCUGCUUGAUAGACACAGGCGAUGAGCUCCUUGUCACUGAACUGAUGUUUAAUGGUACAUUCAAUGAUCUUGAUCAUCACCAAAUUGCAGCUCUUGCAAGUUGCUUUAUACCAGGAGACAAAUCUAGUGAGCAGAUACAACUGCGAACUGAGCUUGCCAGACCAUUACAACAACUUCAAGAAAGUGCAAGAAGAAUAGCGGAGAUUCAAUAUGAAUGCAAACUGGAGAUAAAUGUGGAAGAGUACGUGGAAUCAACUGUAAGGCCAUUCUUGAUGGAUGUAAUUUAUUGCUGGUCAAAGGGAGCAAAUUUUGCGGAGGUUAUCGAGAUGACAGAUGUUUUUGAGGGUAGUAUUAUUAGAAGUGCUAGAAGGCUUGAUGAGUUUUUGAAUCAGUUGCGUGCUGCUGCUAAUGCUGUAGGAGAAGUUGAUUUAGAAAACAAAUUUGCAGCUGCUAGUGAAAGCCUUCGCCGAGGUAUAAUGUUUGCCAAUUCCCUCUAUCUAUAACUUAUCUUCCUGCAGGCCAUUAUGUACUGUUUUAGUACAUGCACCACUGGGGAUGAAGAUGCGUUGACCUUAGCAAAUGCCAGAUCAGCAUGUGGGGGUAUCCUGCUGGGCAGCUAGUUGACUUUUGUUUUUCUUCCCUCUCUUUCUUAUUUGUUUUUAAUUGAAUUGAGUUCCUUGUAACAAGCUCUCUCUUAUAGUUGUUUUUUUUUUUUCUUUUUUCAAUCAAUUUUCAAUCCACAUUGUAUUAAAAAAUAUCAACAGUUUUCACAUAUUAUCUUUUUCUGUCAUUAGGUAA